UUUCUCGUGUACACGAUCACAGUACGAAAUUUAUUUUUGAGUAAGUGGGGUAUUACGUUGCGACUCCCUUCCACAGUAACUACUGAAAUGAAAUAUGCAGCAAGAAAAUAUAUCUUCGGGAUUUACCAAUGAAUUUUAUCACAAAGGAAUGUCAUUGUCACCCCCUCCCACCCUAUCAAGUAACCCGUGACACAUCUUUACCUGCUUUGGUCGUCAUGGAAAGUCUCACCUGAUCUAGAUAAUAGAAACAGCUUAUCCAUUAUAUCGUUUUUGUUUUGUUUCGUUUUUAAAUUGCUCAAUGUAUUUAAGAUGUAAGACUGGGCUUCGUGUCUCGUUCUUGUUCCGUAUCAUCCUCACCUUGUGCCCUUUAAGUAAAUAGUAAAGGUUAUUAAGUAUUUCGAUCCACCCGUGUGACGUUUAACUAGUGUGUCCGAUAAAUGUUUAACUUGAACAAAUCUGCAGUGUAGUGUCCCGAUAGUGAUCUCCUGCGCUGUUUAUGAAGGCCGUUCUGAAGAACAGGUACCCUUACAUAUACAUGUACAUGGGUUGAGUUAAUGAACUUGAAUCGAAAUACUGAUGAGGAAAUGAAUUUCAGUACUUUAUUCAAUCUUCCUCUAGUCUAUAGCUUGAUAGACCUGUGGGUUCACUCGGGAGACUUUGAUCGGGGUUGUCCUUGGUAAAUAUGAUAAGGGAUGGCGUGACCUCCAACACUACAUAUAUAGAUAGCAGCCUAUUGGAUGAAGACGACGUAUCCGCCCCCUAGAAAACAUUGAUUAGCAAGCUAAAAACAAUCAACAUUUAAUUUGCAGUUUGUAACACGGGACCAAUAGGUUGCAGCCCUUAAACCGCGGAAAAUGCCACAUUGCCGUACCAAACAUUUAUAACCUACAAGAUGUUUUCAUCUCUUUAUUCCUACCUGAGAAGACUUAAAGCUAGACAUUGCCGGAUUCAUGAAGUGAAUUACGUAACGUUAUUGAAAUUGACAGCCCUGUUUGUAAUGGUGUCACUAUUCCUUAUACAAAAAUCUAUGAAUUCACAACAGCAGGAAAAUGUGUUCACGUGGUCAAACAACGACAUAAAAAAGGCACUAGACAAAAACAAGUUCGCGGAAUCUCCGCUAAAACCGUGUGAGGAGGACGGAAAAUCAGUGGUGAUGUUGAUUAUGGUGAACAGUGGAGUUACUAAUUUCAAACAUCGGACUACAAUCCGCGAGUCAUGGGGGUCUGUCUCUAAAACAGACAAGGGUAUUAGAUUGAUAUUUGUGAUUGGUAAAUCUGAAGAUCCCGCCGUCCAGGAGAGGGUCAAUUUAGAAAAAGUCGUCUCCAACGACAUCUUGGAAACGGAUGUAGUUGAGGCUUAUGACAAAUUAACGUACAAAUCCAUAGCAAUAUUAGAGUGGGCACACACACACUGUAGUCAAACCAAAUACCUUAUCAAAGUGGACGAUGAUAUAUUCUUUAAUAUCCGUAGGCUCCUGGCAGAACUGGAGGAGAAGAAUCCACGGAAUUCUAUUAUUGGAUGUGAGGAAAGUAGGAACGCCCCUGUGAGGUUUUUCUUGUUUAAAUGGCACGUGACUAGGGAACAAUACAGCGCAGAUACCUACCCUGUGUAUAUAACGGGUCCCGCCUACCUAAUCACAGGAGACAUUAUAUCAAAGUUAUACCACGCAACAUCCCAAGUUCCUUACUUUUUCGUCGAAGACAUUUUCGUAACAGGACUAUGUAGAGAGAAAAUCGGAGCCAAAGUGGUCGGACAUAAAGAGUUUUCCUGUAGCUACCGGGACAGGGGCCCGUGCGGUGUCAAUUUCAGGGACUAUAUUGUUGGUCACCAUUACUACACAGAAGAAAUGACCAGGAUGUGGGGUGAAAUGAACAAUAAGAAUGCCAAGUGUCGAUUUCGAGAUUAUUACUGGAUUGCAACUAUCCUCGAUUUUCUUCCGUUCUAGUCCUAUAAAUAAGAAUUGAUGUUUUUUAUAUGAAGAUUUAAUUAUGUUUAGUUAAACAGUAUAACUAAGCUUUAAUCUUGGAAAUGAAUAAAUUGCUUUUUUUUUUGGUAUGAAAAUUUUGAUAUAAAACAGUUCUUCGACAGAAUUCCUGAUAUCAAUAAUUCUACUAAUAUAAGAAAAAAUAAUUAUUGAUUUCGAAUUGAUAAUACCAACAAUUAUCUUUCGAAUUAUUGACAUCAAGAAAUAGUAUAAAACGACGCCCUGGAGUAGUUUGUAGAUUAAUGCAUUGUUUCUUCAACUUUUUUUGCAAGUUUUGUCACUAGUUCAAAUUAUGGACGUUAACUGACAUCAGUUUUGUCACUAGCUCAGAUUAUGGACGUUAACUGACAUCAGUUUUGUCACUAGCUCAGAUUAUGGACGUUAACUGACAUCAGUUUUGUCACUAGGUCAGAUUAUGGACGUUAGAUGACAUCAGUUUGAUUUCCAGGUUAAGAAGGAACCGGAAUAUAUUCUUUCUUCUUUAAAAAUUCGUCACCUUUUCUGGUUUAGAUUUGUUCGGGGGGGGGGGGGGGGGGGGCUUAAGUCGAAACUUGUACUUGGGUUUGAUAUUUUACUCAAACUUUGACUGCUCAAAUAACAGAAAACUCACUUAAGUUUGAAAUUUUUCGAGACAUCCUAGCCUGGUCACGUUUACAGAAGGUACAAUGUAUCCAGUUGUUAGAUGGGAGAUGGGAAAUCUGUAGAUCUAUCAAUCGAACAUCACAGUGGUUUAAAUUUUUUCUUACUUUACACUAGAAUAACAUUAUCUUAUUUAUUUAAUUUUCGACACCAAGACUUAGUUUAUAUAUACACUAUUAGAUCCGACACUUUGGAUGUUGAGUGUUGUUGGAAUAUAGUGAUAUAUAUAUAUAUAUAUAUAUAUAUAUAUAUAUAUAUAUAUAUAUCAGGGCCGUAAAUUAACCUUCAAUUUGGAGGAGGCAGGAAAUUAGGCGGGGGUCUGGGGGCCGCCCAGGCCCCCAGACGCUGAGCACAUUUUGUGCACACUGAACACGUUUCGUGCAAAAUCCUUGAUUCUAGAGCCUUCUAAGAUGUUACUUGACUAACUCAUUCUAAAAGAAAGAUUUGGAAUGCUUUUUAAGGGAGGUAUCAUGUUCUUAGUUAUUGGAAACAACAUAAAUUCUAAUGAACUUUAAAUUUUAAUUUUUUUUGGCUCAAAAGUUGGAGGAGGCAGCUGCCUCCUCCGCCUCCAUGUAAUUUACGGCCCUGUAUAUAUAUAUAUAUAUAUAUAUAUAUAUAUAUAUAUAUAUAUAUAUAUAUAUAUAUAUUAUAUAUAUAGAGAGAGAGAGAGAGUGUGUGUGCGUGCGUGUGUGUGUGUGUGUGUGUGCGUGCGUGUUCACACGAUUUGAAUUCCAUGGAAAUUUAUUAUAAACAUAUUUGAUCAUUUAUUAUAUGAUAGGAUAGGGCAGCAGGCCAAGCCUAUAUAAGCCUUCUCUCGGGGUAGAUGUAUAUAGUAUUUGUGCCAUUUGGAUUGAAUAGAAAUCGUUAGAAUGAUUAAAAAUUCGCAGACGUCUCACUACAAAGUGAGUUUUCGUUUUAGAAAUAAAAUAACAAAAAAAAAACCCACUCUAUAUAGGUCCGUGUCAAAUGAGGAGUGGAAAGGGGAAUAUAGAAUUUCAUUUUCAAAUUCACUUGUGGAAAAGAGAGUAUCCUUAAAUCCAAAGUUCACCCCCACCCCCCUUUCGACACUCAGAUUGAGAACCACCGAGCCCCUGCAGCUUGCUCCGGGCCCCACCAUUAAAUUUCGGUGCAUGAAGGUGGACCAAGCUCACUGACUAAUCAAGUUGUCAACAUCAAGCAGACUUUACCUAAGCCCUUCUUUCUGUUGCAAUUUGACUUUUUAAAAACAAAUACACAUCCCAUAUUCCUUUUGGAAGCAUUUGAUUUGAAAGUAAAAUACACAUGACAUCACCAAUGGAUAACGUUCUAUGUAUUAAACCAGUUUUUUUCUAUCUAUUUUUUAUCAUUAUUUGUGUCUGUAUGUGAUUUGGUUGUUUGUUUGUUUGUUGGUUUUUUUUUGGGGGGGAGGGGGGUUAAAGUCUUUGCUACUGUUUGAAGUUGAAUGAUUAUAAAUUGUUAUAUCUUCACUAUCGUCUGACAGAGAUUUGAUGAUCAGGUGUCUGACUAUCAAGUUUUGAUCCGCUGCCAUCAGAGAAUCAAUGAGGGAUCAACCAAUAGAAUUCCUUCUUAUUGAGAAUCAAUGAGAGAUCAACCAAUAGAAUUCCUUCUUAUUGAAGUUCUGGGCCCUGUGUUGUCAGAGAAUCAAUGAAGGAUCAACCAAUAGAAUUCCUUCUUAUUGAAGUUCUGGACCCUGUUAUACAAAAGACUAAAAAUGUUACGUAGUUCUAAAAACUCGCCAAUUUAAUUAAUUUUAUGAGAUUAUACUUAUAUAAAACUACAUAACUAAAUUCUUUUUAUUCACAUUUAUUUCAUAAUUUAAUCUACGUAAAGAAUAAAAUAAAUUGAAAAGGAUUUUUUUUUUUGGUAUUAGUAGUAGUAAGUUCUUUUGUAGAACAUGGCUCUUAAUAACAAGACGUUUCAUUCACGUACACCUAUUGAAAUUAAGAUAACGAAGAUGUUUACAGGCACAUGGAAUCAGGGGGGGGGGGGUGACAAUGACCUUUAUUUGUGAGUAGAUGGUGUGACUGGCGUCCCCACUAUUUUAACAGUAGUAGUGAAUGAGAAGAUUUAAGAAAAUGAAGUUUGGAAAAAACAAUUUUUAGAGGCACUCAUAGUAGAAGACUUUAACGCCCCCCCCCCCCCCCUCCCGAAUGUAGAUUUUAAAAGAGAGGCCUUUUGGGGGAAGAGUUUUUCUCCUUUUUUCUUUGGGGGAGUGGGAGUUGUCAACAUUUUUUUGAUCUACCAACUACCAAAGCUCCCACCCCCCUACACACACACAUACUUUGAAAAAUGAGGAUUGGUUUAGUUCCUCUUUGGAAAGGGCAUGACUCUUAGUUUGAAAAACACACUCCGAUAGUGUAUUAUACACAAUGAUUUUUUGUGUCGAGUUUUACUGUUCAAAAGAGCUGAGAGAAAUAUAUCAUUCUCUACCCAGAGUUCCGUGCGCUGAAGCUUGCGUAACGCGCCCUCUGGUGAGAGAAUGAGAAAUAUAUCGCAACAUAAAACAACCAAACACUGCACAAAUUCUAGUUUUUGGAGUCACACAAACGAUUUUCUAGAUCGAACUAACGAAUCUAAAACAUCGCACUAACAAUAUCCUAAAUCGUUCUAGUGAAUUUUGAAAUCUUUAUAACUAUUUAUUAUAUCAUUCUAACGAUUUAAUUCUACCAAGAAAGUCACGUGUGCCAUACUCACGCUGUUUCAUAGAAACGGAACUUGUACCACAAGAUUAUGCUUUGUAAUGAAUUUGAAUGAUUUAUUAUUAUUGAUAUUUAUAAUAAUAAGUUUCUAUUUUAGACACGAGUGGAUACGUUUACAUACAUUGCCAUAUAAAUGUUUUGCAUAAUAUUCAAAAUUGUAUAGAUUUUAUCAUUAUCUGUAGAUACUGCGCAGUGAUGCUUUGUGACCGUACAUACUGAGGUACGGAGGGCGUGUGUACGCUGUAUGUAUCGGUCGCAGUAGCUUUCGGCAUCACAACCACGUGAUCCACUGGUCCUGGCGCCACGUCAAACGUACUCUGUCUUAUGCAGUGACUGUUCCUAACGCCCUGAGAAAUGAAAGUCACAUGUCUGUCGGCUAUGACCUUAAAAUUGAAAGUACAACAAAGCACCCUUACUUAUACGGCCCUGAACGCCAUGCCCAGGUCAAAAUUCGUGACACUUCACUUUCAGCCGUUAACGUCUAAAGACUUCUCGAGGACGUAAACAAUAUACAAAUAAACAAAGACAUCCCGUGGGGAAUCUGGGUUAGAAUAGGUCCUCGUAUGGUGGAAUAAUAAUGAUAGGUGUGUAUUGAGUGUGGUGAAAUAAUAAUAAUAGGUUUGUAGUGAGUGUGGUGGAAUAAUAAUAAAUUCAUUUAUCAUAUGUUCUAGAACACGUGUUCUAUGUUAUGACUUAAAUUAAAGCCACUACCAUUGGUUACUAUUUUUAUCGUUCAACCUGUAAAACAGGUAUUCAAGCACAGCACGAUCUUCCUCAUUCGAAGGCUUUUCUUUGCCGCAUUUACACCCCCCUCUCACCCACAGUUUGCACAAAGUUACGAUAUCGUUUUAGUUAUGAAUGUAUCAUGUGCUUGUACUAAUAUGUAUUUUUGGAUUAUUACAGAUGACGUUGAAAUGAAAACUGUAAUAUAUUUGUACGUUUAAUAAAUGCGAGCAUAUAAGCGCUUCUUUUUCUUAA